UUCCAACCAGGGUCACGCACGACGCAGCCUUCGGGCAGGAGGCCGGCGCGCAAUUUCUACGCGCGCUACGGACUACGACGGCGGAUGAUCCGGAGCAUAUUGAACCGAGUGCGAGUAGUUCUCGCGCAGGACGACGACACCGUCGUACAGUACGUAACCAACGACGACUAUAUAAUAUUAACCAGCGACGCCUUGAAGGGACGGACGAAGACGUGUCGACACGACCAGGCGCAGAGGUCCCGACACACGAAGGCGGAAAAACUUCUUCUGUGUUGAGAACAACUUCUACCGGCGCAACUACUACUGAUGCCACCACGACGUCGACUUCAACGCGCCAAUCGAGGAACUACACUGGAACUACUGCUUUGCCGAGGACCACCACUGGGAAUUAUAGCAGGACUGAUUUAUCAUUAUCAUUAUCUACUCCGCCG